CUCCCUGAUUGAUUCGUCGCCGGAGACUGGAGUUGUUCCGGGAAAAAAGAUAUGGGAGACGGAAGAGAAGGAGAUUGGGAAUGUUUAGGUUGUAGAAAUAGGAAUUACGCGUUUAGAUCAUUCUGCAACAGAUGCAAGCAGCCUCGUCUUUUCAUGGAUAACAAUACUUCCCCAAACUCUAAGUGGCUUCCUCGUAUCGGAGAUUGGAUCUGCACUGGUUGCACUAACAACAAUUAUGCAUCGCGAGAAAAGUGCAAAAAAUGCGGGCAACCUAAGGAAGUAGUAGCAUUGUCAGCACUUUCAAUCCCUGGAGUUUCUCUUCAGACGCAUCUCCAUUACUUCACUGGUGGACCUCAGGCAAUUGAUCAACCUGGUUCCUUGCUCGCAUUCCCUAACUCUGCAAAUCAAACUUCGGUUCUUAAAGAAUGGAGAAGCGGUGACUGGAUCUGCAGUUGUGGUUUUCAUAAUUAUUCGUCUCGUAUACAGUGCAAAAAGUGCAAUGAAACAGCUCCACUAGCCCUUGGAACAAAGAGAUUAGCAUCAGAAGCUUUGGCUCAUGAAUGGGAUAGCAAAAGACUGAAUCAAGGAUAUACAAGCAUGCAACCACAUUCAGCUAUUUAUGCAUCGUUACCAUUUCUACAGCAACAUUCAACACCUGCUUUACUUGGAAUGGGAGCAAAACAAUGGCGUGAUGGAGACUGGAUGUGUACAAAUUGCAAGAAUCACAAUUAUGCAUCUCGAUCAGAGUGCAAUAGGUGCAAGACAAAACGAGAUAUUCUUGAUCAGGACAUAACAAUUCCAACACAAUCUUGAAGAAUUAUGAAGAGUGUUCUUUAGUGACAUAACACAGUAUCUAUAAACCACUCAUUAAAAUUCUCAAUAUCUGUUUGCUUUUUUCA